GAGAAAUGAAAACAAGAGUUGAUGGAGGAGGAUCUGGAUGUGAGUCUCUGUUAUAACGGAUGGACAAAAUCUGAGGCCUAAACAAGAAAACAAAGGACCAGAAUCUCACCAGGUUUCAGGAAGGAGUCACUAAAUCCAGGUUAAGAUGAAACGAAGAAGAAAAAGUUCAGUUGAAAGAACUUCACCAGAUUCAGUGAAGGAAGAAGAAGAAACAUCUGAACAUGGAGACGACGAUGAAGUUGGAACAAGUUCAGCUGGUUUUGAAUUGUUGGACACAUCUGAGACCUGCAGUCCCAUGGAAAGAAGGAGGGCUGAAUCCUCAGACCUGUCUUUUGAUCGGGAAUCUGAUGAAUUCCAGAUGCCAGCUAUCGGGUCAAUAUUAGAAGAGCCAUUAUAUGAUGAGUCCAAUCCAGUAAGACCUCCACAUCAAAUGUCAUUUCCAUUUGUAAUAGCCAGCAUGCUGUCAGAGACUGAAACCACGAACCAAGGAAGAUUUUGUUCAUUAACUGAAGAACCUCAAGCAGGUUGUUCAAUUGAACAGUUGAGAGCUGAACGAACCCUCCCAAUCUUCCCACCCCUCCCAACCCUCCGACCCCCCACCCCUGCUCUCUCUUUACCCCCCAACGUAUCGUCACCAACUGUAACCUCUGCAUCCACUGCAGAUACGUCUUCAGCGAACCUCGACUUCUCUCUUUCUCAUCAAGAUGAAUCACACAGUCAGUAUGUGGGACCUUUCAGUCAAUCUGGGGCUUCUUAUAUCCCCGCCUUUGUUCCACAGAGUGAGAACGUUUCCACAGAAAGGCCUCCAGAACCUUUUGACCUGCUAGAACCGCCGUGCUUAAAAUACAGCAGACAAGAUACAGCAGGAAACCAAGAUGAAAUAAUGGAGUCGGUUGGACAUGUGAGCGACUCCGUCCCAAACAGAUCAGCCUCUGCUGACCUUCUCCUCCCUUCAGCAUCUGGUUUGAGAAGAAGAGACCGCAGCGACUCGUCUCCUUCUGUCCUCUGUCCUCUGAUUCAUCAGGAUCCUCCUCCAGACGUCAGUAUCUUACCCCGAGCUGCUAGUUUACCCAGCAUGAAGCUCCAAAGCAGCUUUGAGGAGUUUACUCCUGGUUUCUGUGGAGAUCCAGAUGAUGAAACCUACCGGUUCCAGUGCUCCGGUCCAGGCCUGUACCAGUGCAGAGUGAGCGGCCUGGUGUUUGCCAUGAAGGGAGGAGGAGACGUGUUUUACAGGGUUGUUCCCUGGAACAGGACAUUACUGAGCCCACAUGGCAAGAAGCCUGCAGGACCUCUGUUUGACAUCAGCUGCCUGCAGCAGUCUGUGGCUCAGCUUCAUCUCCCUCACUGUGAGGUCCGCUCCACUGGACCAUGUCACUUCCUGUCAGUCGCUCAUCUCCAUGACGGAGGCGUGGAGUUCAUCAGGCCUGAGAGGAUCACAGAGACUCACAUCAUCAUCAGCAUCUCAGGGUUUUCUGCUUUUGGGAACGUCAAGGAUGAGGAUUCUCCUGCUGACCCGGUCCGAGCCUUGGUUCUGCUGUUCUACAGACCUGCAGCUGAUCCAGGCGUCACUUCCUUCCUCAAUCUGUUGCUUCUUCCAGCGAAUGUUGUGAUCCGGGAAUUGAAACGGACCAGGAAGAAAUUAUUUGGGCCGGAGACGUUCAUAGAUGCUCCUCCAAACUGCAAACUGCAUCCGAAGGAGACCUACUCUCUGUCCACCAGCCCUGCAGGAGAAUCGGUUCUGGUUCAGCCCGCAGAAGCAGAAUUUGACCCAGAAUCCUACAACAGCUACUUCACCUCCAUCCAGGUGAUUUUAAACAGCAUCAUAGGAGACAUCAAGCUGAGUGUGAAGCAGGCGAAAACCUCCUGCUGCGUUUGGGAGAGUCGUGUUUGUCUCGUGGCUCACAGACUGAAACCGGGUCUCCCUUCUGACCAACAGCUGAAGGAAACCCGGACCAGAAUCAUCGAUGGGAUCUCAGAACCGGUUCUGCAGAGUCUGCUGGACAAACUGCUGGAGAAAAAGGUCCUGAGUGACUCAGAGAGGGAGGCGGUGGAGGCGGAGAAGAUCAGGGGAGACAAAGCUCGAGUUCUGAUCGACACGGUGAGGAGGAAAGGAGAUGCUGCCGGUUCUGAGAUGAUCCGGUUCCUCUGUGAGCUCGACCCGUUUCUCUGCAGACAUGUGGGGCUGAUCUGUGAGAAAGUGGAACCAAACCAGUAAAUCAUAAACUGAAGGGAAAAUAAGGAGCCAUAAACUCAAAGACCUGUUAGAAACAAACUGAGCAUCAAAAUCAUUGAUUAUGGACAAAACAUUUAUCUUAAAUUGGACUCUUAUUGUGAAAUCCUGUGUUUCUGUGUUGGAAUAUUUGAUGUUUUUUAUUGUUUAUAACAGACAGUUGUUGGAUAAUUAGAUGUUUUCAACCUGUUUUGUUUACUUUAUUGAUGUAGCACCAAUUUACAACAAAGUCAGUUAAACAAAGUACAUAAGGUCAGAACUCAGCUGCUAAUGCUAGUGCUAAGGAUAUGCUAAUGCUAAGGCAGUAGCUUUAGCAUUCUGGUUGCCAUACAAAUAUUAAUAUGUGUAUUCAUGGUACUUUGAAAGAUCGAUGAAUAAUUUUGCUUCCUCUAAUCCCAGAUGUGACAUCAUCAGGCCUGUCUGUUCUUCAAGCCGCCAUUUUGGUAGUCAGUCAGUAGAAGUUUGUUCACAUUAUAUUAAUCUAUCUAAAAACUAUCUAUUAAGAAUUAAUUAUCCAAACUAAUCCAAGCAAAUGAUUUUUCAAAGAUUAUUUUAUUACAUGAGUUUGUUUUGAAUUGUAAACUGGUUGUUGUUCUUAAUUAGCAUUGAAGCUAAGUUAGCUAACAAAGUAUAUUUAUAAUCACACAUUAUUAUAUGUGUAAUAUAUUUGUUCUGCUAUUUAUUCAGAACAAAUGUCACUGAAUUAUUUUACUGUUUUUAUUCUUAUUUAAUUUUUUUAGUAUUCUGUUUAUCUUUUCAUUUUACUCAGCAGUUUAGUUGAAUGUUUCCAGCCUGAUUAUAUCAUUUGAAGUAUUUUAACUGAAAGUUUGAAGUAUUUUGUUGAUAAAUUCUUAUAGUUUAGUUUCCUGUUUAUUCUGUAUAUAUUGAGAAAUUCAUUCUUUCAUAUUCUGUAAAACAUUAACUCCUCAGGCAUAAAACAUAAACCAGUGACAGGCUGGGAGAUUUUCUCUAAUAUUUCAUGAUAAACAGGAAGUUUAUUGUAAUCUAACAUUGAUGAGUCCCUCAUCAUUCAGUGACUGUGGAAAAUGUGCUGCUUGUUUCUCCACAAUGAUGUGUUGAAAUGUCCCAGCAUUGAUUCGUCCCUAAAGCCAAAGUUCACUCAUUCAUCCUCAGAGCCUGAUGGAUUCUCUUCACCGCUGGAAACUUGAUUUCUGACAGUUCAGAAAUAAUCGGCUCUUGUCAUUUAUUCUGUCAGAGGCUUGUUUGUUUCUGGGGACCCACGUUGGGGACCUGUGCAAUAUGUCCUUUGAGUCUCCAUGCUGUCCUGUCCUCAGGUGAUUGUUCUCAGGUGUGUCUCGUUCCCUGAUUACCUUCUGUGUAUUUAAGUCACAGAUGUCUCUGUUGGAUGUUCAAUAUCUCUCUGUCAGGCUGUCCAUCCGCUUACCUGUUACUCCCAGUGUUGAGCCUUUGUCUUCUGCUCAGCUGUGCUGCCAGGAUUUUGGACUUUGGAUUGUGUUUUUGUACCAUUAAACCGUUUUGGAUAUUUUCUGUAACCUGGGUCUGCUGUGUUCUGCCUGACCACCUCCACCACAAUCCAUGACAUCUGGUGAUCCUCUCUCCUCCUCACACUAUUUAAUUUUUUGGAUCCAGCUGGAAAAAUCUACAUUUUUAAUUAUUUACUCAAAGCAGUUUGAAAACUUGUUUUUCUGUUUUAGUUUCUUGUUUCCAAUCAACGGCUCUGUGAG